UGUAUCAGUUUUUAUACAUUUGCUGGAUAAAACUGGAGUGUCCUCGCACCGCGCGCCAGACUCGUUCACUCACUGUAAAAGUUAGCACGUCAGGUGUUGGUUAGCUAGAAAAAUAUCUGCGAAGAACUUGUCUAACUUACUGGAAAUGGCCACCAGUCAGGCAUGGAGGUUAAAACGCUAUGGGCGUUUCGUUCCAGGCUCUAUAGAAACAAGAGGGAAGCCUUGGAAGGUAUUUGAGGCAAAUGGUAAUAAACCAGAAAUUGUCCUCACAAUUGUGGAAUCUGGAUACUUGCUGGUAUUGCAAGGACAGGAAAGCUUGGAUACAAUACCUUUGCUCUGUGGCUCUGAUUUUCUCAAAGUACACCAGAAAUCCGAUAACCUGAUGUUUCGAUUUACUGUGGAGGGGGAGAGCCGCAUGAUAAGGAUGCAGUUUGAUGGAAGUAGCAGGGCAGAGGCUAUAAAGGAGUGCUCAAGUGCUAUGGAAAAACUGAUGGAGUACAUGCCUGUUGCCACUCAGGAUGACGCCCCACCGCCCCCCAAUCAGUCCCCCACUGAGGUUUUUGCACCAGUGAUACAGACUUGGCAGGGAAAGGCUGUGGGAGUUGAGCCUGAGGUUGUCCAAGGAUCAUUGUCCAUCAAGCGUCUUACCCAGCACUUCUUGGGAGAGACCGCUGUGACUCUGCCUCAAGUAUAUCGCCAUGGUUCUUUGGCACAAGGUGACUUGGAGCCCAUCCUGCGUAUUUGUCUGCUGGAUCCCAGCUUUCAUGCAUUUGUGGAGAAGGUGGAGGGGGAGCUGAGGAAACUGCUUCAAGAGUGAAGAAUCUCAACAACAGCUGAAGGCAGAAAGGUCAUCAGUGUAAUGUGUUUUUUCUUAUACAGUUUAUGUAGGCUGUGCUUGGUGGUGGUGGGGGAUCGUUUCUUGCUGUGCUGCCAAUGUUGUUUGAAAUUUUGCUACACAUUAGUUGUUAUGGUAUAUGGUUCGAAAUAGAUGCUUUGAAUGGUAUUGAAUUUAGGGGGUUAGAGGAAGAACUUACCAACAAAAAAAAUCUGGAUUCAUUUUCAAACUUUUUAUUCAGAAAAAAAAUAUUGGUCUCACUCAUAUGUUUAAUCGUGGCUAUAUACUCUGGUCCCUCUUUUCCCAUCUUAAUGCAGGUCCAUUUCCACCGCAACACACAUGGAUACAUUGUAUUGAAAGAGGAGUCAUGCAGCUACAGCAGUGAAUUUUGCUAUGUCAGCUUCCAAGUGAUCCCACAAUAUUAAAGCUUCACUGAGUAAAACAAACUGCCCUCCAUAUAUCUAUUUAAGAAUACAUAUUGCAUAGGAUUAUAGCCAUGCUAUACAGUUAAAGAGAGAAAAAAUAAAAAAUUUAAAUCAAUAAAUGAAAUUGGGAAAUAUAAAAAAAA